AUGACCUUGCCCCCACCAAGUGUCCCCCUCUUCUCCCCAAGCCAGGUGGCUCGCGUCUGCGAAGCCCUGCAAGAGAGCGGAGAAUUUGAGCGCCUCGCCCGCUUCCUGUGGUCCCUCCCGCCGUCGCUCGCCCUCCGGCACCCCGAAGGCCUCGGCUGCACUCACGCCAAUUGCCAUGACUUGGAGUUGUUCAGCAGCCCGAUUCCCUCGGCUGCGUGGUUGGCGCCCUACUGCAGCCAGGCCACUGUGGCCACCUACCACCUGGAACCGUUCGGAGCCCUGCGGUGCGGAGACAGGUUCUCAAUACAUCCGCCAGACCGAUCACCUGCCCGGAAGAAGGUCCCUGGUCUGCCGAGGGACUCUGGCCAAGACGGGGAGCAGAAAGUGAAUGGCUUCAAGGUGAGCAGGACCUGAUUAUAUUGCUAUAGAGUUUUGGGGAGAGGGGGGUCAGUCUGUAUGAUAUCUUCGUGUCCCUUCCAUGCCUGUGUUUCUGUACCAAGGAGCCUUGGAAUCUUAGAAGAGACCCCUGAACUGGUCAGACUGGUUUCUUUGUAAGUUAACGUCCUUAGCUGGCCAGUUGAGUACCGCCAUUUACAUGUCUAAAGAGGUUGCCCUGUUGCCAUGGAGACAAACGGGAUCUAGAUCUGCGUUAGGGAUCGGGAACCGUUUUCAGCCCAAGGGCCACACUGCCUUCCAGGCAACCUUCCGAGGGCCACAUGCAAAAGUGGGUGGAGCAACACAUGCAAAGUACUGCUCUUCAAUAGGCUAGUUUCUACAUGCACUCACACAGCACUCUCUAUCCUCCAUCCAGGCAGACGAGAGGCGUGAUCAGAGUACAGAGAUACAUUCCAGCCUGGCGAAAAAACCCACUUGUAUAUAUCUUCCUAUAUACAUAAAAAUGCAAGGUGUUGUCACGCUCUGCAGUUCGCUUGGCUGCCAAUAGGCAGCCAUGCAAAUGGACAAGUGAGCUGUUUAAUGGAAGCAGCUCCAAACUCCAUCAAAUGUGUCGGAAGUGAUGCUUAACUAAAGGGGGGAGGGGGGCUUCACACAGCAAUUUACCAAACGGGGCAAUUUGGUGUGGUGUGUGAGAAGGGCGAUCGGGGAGGUAAGUUUGGCAAGCAAAGCAAUCAGGGGCAGCAGACACGUUUGUGUGCUUCUUCACUAGAAUCCCACCCCCCACUCCCCAAAAACAACGAGGGCUGACUGAGUAUACUUUGUGGUCACAGACUGCUAGCUGCCUGUUGGCUGGACAGGGGGGGAAAGGAAGGGUGGUGGUCAAAUGGAGUGGGAUUAUGGGAUGGACGGUCCGGAAGGAAGGAACAGCUGACAGGCUGGUUUGUCCCACUUAUAAAACAAGUUGAGCAAGUGUUGGCAAACAGCAGGAUCCAUCACAUUAAGGGGGGGAUGUAAUAAUAUUAUUUAUUAUUAUUAUUAUCAUCAGUAAUUAUAUGUAUUACUUGCUUUCUUGUUUACUAUUGGCAGCUCAAAGUGACUCACAAUAUUAUAAGCAAGAAAAGAAUCACAUACACACAUAUAUUAAAACCAGCAAAAGACAAUUAAUUUAAAACAAAAACAAGUGAUCGUAAAAAGAAAAUAUGAAGAAGAAUAGCAGGCAUGGAGAAGAAUAGAGGGGUGGAGACAAGGACACCUCUUGAAGAGAAGGGAAUUUGAGAGUAAAGUCAUCAUUAAAUGGAGCAUAAGUUGAUUCUGCUUUUCAGCCUCCGCAGAAGAGUAUUUUCUUUCCUCGUUCCUUUGCACCUGUCCUGUGGCCUGACAUCCGUUCUCCUUUUCCCCCAGGAAAGGACGCGGAACCUCCUGCGGGAAUGGUACCUUCAGGAUCCGUACCCUAACCCUUCCCGCAAGAGGCACCUGGCCCAGGCGACAGGGCUCACCCCCACCCAAGUGGGGAACUGGUUUAAAAACCGCCGGCAGAGAGACCGCGCAGCAUCAGCCAAGCACAGGUGAGAAACAGCUGGAGAGAGUGCAAGGCAGGCCUGGCCUAACUCAAGCUGCGGUAGAACAUCUCUAUCAUGCCAAAGUUUCCAUCUCCAUUUCAUAAGAAUACCUAAGCAGCAGUCUUAAGAAGACAGUCUGGGAUGAAUCGACCAUACUCUUCAGUAACCAUGGGGGGGUGUAGGGGGGGGUGUCUGCCCCCUUUUUAAAGAAUCCACAUGGCUUAAAAAAAAUUAUUCCAUUGUUCUGCUCCCUCCAUUUGUUAUCAGCCUUCUGGUGGUUCCCUCACUGCGAGAAGUGAGGUUACAGGGAGGCAGGCGGAGGGCCUUCUCAGUAGUGGCACCUGCCCUGUGGAACGCCCUCCCAUCAGAUGUCAAGGAAAUAAACAACCACCUGACUUUUAGAAGACAUCUGAAGGCAGCACUGUAUUGGGAAGUUUUUAAUGUUUUAUCAUAUUUUUAAUAUUCUGUUGGGAGCCGCCCAGAGUAGCUGGGGAAACCCACCGAGGUGGGCAAGGUAUAAAUAUAUUAUUAUUAUUAUUAUUAUUAUUAUUAUUAUUAUUAUUAUUAGGCUGCAAAAGGAGCCAUCAACCCAGCCUAGAGACAUCCAAACCGAGACCCUAAAUAGCAAGCUGUGCUUGGCAGAAGAGAACAGCACACCCGGGGAGCAGAGGGAUCCCACCGCAGCCACCAGUGACAAUGAAAACAGCCAAAGAGCAGGGGAGACCUGGGAAGACUGAUCCAGCCGAGGGGUUCUCUGUUCAACAGAAAUGACUGGCUGGGGUGUGUGGGAGAUGCAGGGCACGACCAAUGGGAAUGAGAUGCAGUCAUCACGAACCCCAUUACUUAUGGAAUGGGGGCGGGGGAGGUUUUAAGGAAAGGGAACCAGGUGCCAAGAUUGAGGGUGUGGCAGGAAUGAUGGGAACGGAGAGUUUAUUGGCUAACUUCCCUGUUAUCCCGCUUGCCUUCCCCUGAGCAGCUUUGCAGCGCUGGCGUCCUUCGGAGGAGAUAAAACCAGAGUCUCGUUGCCACUUUACAAAAAAUAGGUGUAUUUACCUCGAGAGAAGGGGUGCCAGGACCCAGGCUUAAGAAUUAAAGGCUCCUGAUCAGUGAAGACUCCAGGCUUUCUUCUCUCAGGCCUGCCUUGGGCGGCAUCUAAUUUAACCAGAAUGAAAUGAUAAGCCUACCCAGAUCUUCACUUCACACAACCAGGCCCUUCUGUAGUUCUCUGGGCCCUAAACCAGUGGGAAGGAAGGGCUCCCUGCUCAGGCAUCCAGAAUGACGUCUUGCUGAGUCUGCAGUCAGGACUGGAGAGAAGAGGGCGAGGAAAAGCCAGGAGUGAGGGGAGAGGAAAUAGAUUUGGGAGGUUUUGGAGUUAAAGCGGAAGUGAAUGAGAAGUAA